AUGUGGGAGUUCAGGUCCAUGUCGUUCUGGCGGGCUGUGUUUGCCGAGUUCUAUGGCACCAUGUUCUUUGUAUUCUUCGGGCUGGGGGCAGCCCUGCGCUGGACCACCGGGCCCCAUAAUGUUCUCCAUGUUGCCUUCUGCUUUGGGCUGGCGGCUGCCACCCUCAUCCAGUCCAUCGGCCACAUCAGUGGAGGACACAUCAACCCAGCUGUUACCUUUGCCUACCUGAUUGGCUCCCAGAUGUCCCUGUUCCGUGCUUUCUUCUACAUCGUGGCCCAGUGUCUCGGAGCACUGGCUGGUGCUGCCGUGCUCUACGGGGUCACACCCAGCAACAUUAGGGGAAACCUAGCACUCAACGCGCUGCAGCCAGGCAUCAGCCUGGGCAUGGCCACCACCAUGGAGGUCUUCCUCACUCUGCAGCUUGUUGUCUGCAUCUUUGCUGUGACUGAUGAGAGGCGCAAUGGACGCCUGGGCUCUGCUGCCCUGGCCAUUGGCUUCUCUGUGCUCAUGGGGCAUCUUCUCGGGAUGUACUACACUGGAGCAGGAAUGAACCCAGCAAGGUCCUUUGCCCCUGCUGUCCUGGUCAGGAAUUUCGUCAACCACUGGGUGUACUGGGUGGGACCCAUGAUUGGUGGUGCCCUGGGUGCUCUGCUGUAUGACUUCAUGCUGUUCCCCCGUGUACGCAACCUCUCUGAGAGGCUCGCCACACUGAAGGGCAUCCGGCCCCCAGAGGCUGAGGGCCAGCAGGAGACCAGGGGAGAGCCCAUCGAGCUCAAGACACAGGCCCUAUAA